AUGUCUGCCGGCGGUCGUUCCUCGCAGCUUCUGGCCCUCGUGGCCAUCUUCUUCAGCAGCUACAUAGUGGGCAUCUAUAGUGCGGCACGUGCCAGCAGUUUGGUCCAAACGUCAGAGUUGAAAGUUAACAACACCCUGAUCCCGGGCAAUGAUACCCUUCUGGCGGAGGAGGAGGAGGACUCCAGCUUGGCCCGCAGUGGAUCGCGACAUCCUCGCUGGUUUCCCUUCUACACAAUCGGCCGCUUUUCCAAUGACAUUUGCACCGGCAACAAUCUGCUCCUGGGCACCUGCGUAAUCAACGGCGAGUGCUCGGACAACAGCGGUGUGGCGGCGGGCAGCUGCUCCUCCAUCACAGCCCAGGCCAUCUGCUGCAUUUAUCAGAGGACAUGUGGAGCGAGCACUUCGUACAAUAACACGUAUUUCUACAACAGCAACUAUCCGGCUCCGUAUGCGGGCGGCGGUCGCUGCUCCAUUGUGGUCACCCCUCCGGAUUCGUCGAUCUGCCAGUUGCGCGUGGACUUCCUCUCGCUUUCGCUGGCUCCUCCCUCGGGCGACGGAUCCUGUGCCACCGAUGCAUUGACCAUCACCGGUGGAGCCUCACAGGUGCCCAGCAUUUGCGGCGAGAACGCCGGCCAGCAUGUGUAUGUGGACUUCAACGGCGUCAGUCCGAUCACCAUUUCAGUGGCCACGUCCGGCAGUUACACCUUCAACCGCAACUGGCAGUUCCAGAUCCGGAUGCUGGGCUGCACAUCGGCCACUUUGGCCCCAGCCGGAUGCCUGCAAUACUAUAUGCCCAGCAGUGGCACCUUGGCCAGCUUCAACUACGUUUCGGCCGCUUCCUCCGCACUCAAUUCGAUUGGAGUGCAGGGCACCAGGCAGCUGGCGAAUACGAAGUACGGGAUAUGCAUCCGCAAGGCGGCCGGAAUGUGCUCCAUCUCGUACAGCCAGGUCGGCUCCGACACGUACUCCUUUACGCUGACCAACGAUGUGGGCGCCGUGGAUCCAACGCUGCUGGCCACCUCAUCGGUGCAGAGCCAGGAUUGCACCACCGACUACAUCAUCAUUCCGGCGCCAACGCAGGACGGCGUUGCGAUGCCCAGCGAUCGCUUCUGCGGACUGGGACUGGUGACCACGACCACGGCGGCGAAGCCUUUCGUGGUCUACACGGUCACCGAUGGCAACGAGGAUAUGGACAUAUCGAAUCGCGGCUUCUAUCUGUCGUAUUCGCAGAACGCAUGUCCCAUUCUGUAACUAUGGUAUAAAAUAAAGAAAAGACUUGAUUAUGAUAGCAUUAAAA